GGCGGAGGUAACUUAUGAGAUUGCAAAAUUUCCACUGAAACGUGGGUGGUUGGACCAGCUGACGGGAAGUAACAGAACCACUUUCAACCAGAGGAACCACCAGGUACAGGCCGAGAGUCUGGAGGCAAUCCGCUCAGCCCAUGUCCACUCAUGAGGCUCAACCACACGGCCACACUUUGCCACUCUCCAAAAACUCGUGGAGCGGUUAUUCAGUUGGUGGUGGCACUAUACAUAGAACAAAAAUCAGAGGAUGUUGGUCCCAAGAGUUGGAUGGGAUUCGUCUGUUAAUCCCCAGUACGUGGCAAUGGAAAGGCAGCUGAAAAACAAGACCAACAGGAUCACGGAAGACUCCGCUGUCCGGAUCUGAGGGUUUCUAUCCGACACUAAGUAGAUGCGUCGAGGUAAACCCUGCCGACCGGUGGAUGUGUUAAGGCAAGCCCAGCCCAGCAGUAGAGUAGUAUACUGUUAGUCUAUCGGCCUAGUGCUGAAGAGCGAAGGUACCUUGUUGUGGUCAGUCUUCCACUACCAAUCUGAAUGGUCCGCACGCUGGUGGCCAUGACGAGCCUAGUUUCACUUCCGCGGACACCACUGGACUGAAUCAGGGUAUGAGCUGAUACUAUACCCGAUACACCGUGACUACGGGGGAAGAGGCAGAGCGAG